AUGGAUUUGAGAACAAGUGACCGGAAUGCUGCACGAUAUAUUCAAUACUAUAAAUGUGGAUGUUUUCAACCGUACAAUUUCUGCUCUUGCUCACAUAAACUUGUCGGUAGCGCUGCAUUCCUGCGUAAUGUCAAGAAAUUAGCACAAGCUAUAUCAAUGGUGAUGGCGCUUUGUAAUGUACAGUGCGACAAGAGGAGCGCUUUGAUAGAUGUCAUCACUUUUUACUUCUUAAAUUAUGAAGAGAUUCGCCAUCGCAUUGAUACUGUUCCACACAAGCGCCUGCAUCGUUUAGAUGUUAUUCAUGAUUUGACAUGCAAAUGCUCGUUGAAUAGAGUAAACGCGCAAGUAGCAUUUUCAAUUAUUAAAAGAGCUUUUAAAGCAUUUUACUACGGCACCGAUGAGGGCGGUGUGCCUAAUCCGCUGUUAAAUAAUCAAUUGAAGCAUUCACAACAAUGCUUAUGGCAUUACGCAGCGUAUCGUACAGCCCAAGUUUAUGCCGCUUAUGAAAAUAUGUUUGCGAUAUGUCAAAAAAGUCUUCAAUUUAAAAUAUGCAUCAUGUAUGAGAGAACACGCAAAAAUUUCGAAGUAAUUUUUCCAAACAAUGAAAACUUCGAAUGCAUAUGCAUGAAGUGUUUCAAACAAAUCGCAGCGGAUAAUCUAAAACCAGUUGAAAGCAAAUAUCAUUUACAUGACAGUUUAGAUGUUUAUGGGAAUCCGUAUAGUAAUAUGAUGUCCACAGCUAAAAAAUACGACGCUCCCGAUCAAAGGGAAAGUGUUACACCUACUUGCAGUUGUCGUAUUCUCAAUCUGGAAGAGGAUAAGGAAACACACAGCCAUUUUGAUACUGUCAAUACAGGAUUUAGUCAAGGUCCAUUCGAGUGCCAUUGGUAUAAUAUAACAAAAGAAGAAGCCGAAGCUGAUGAUGCCGUGUUUGAUUUUAAAUUGCCUGACGAAUUUAAAUGCGAACCGGACAUAUGUAAGAAUGAUUCCGAUUCUUGUGAAUCAAUAUGCGAAUGUAUUUGCGAGAGCUGUGAGUGUGAGUGUGAGUCUCAUUCUGAAAGCGGCGUAGAAAUUAGUAAAGAAUCCUUGGAAGAAAAAACCGAGAAAGUCGAUAACUACCAAUAUGUAUUUGAUCUCAAUAAGCGAGUACUUAGUAAAGAAUCUGAUAAAUGCCAUGAUCCUAAUGACGCGUUAAGGCCGCCCAGAUUACAGCUCGCCGAACUUCGAGGACAGAAAAUGAAUUUGAAAACAUCGAAAAGGCACCCGAAAGUUUUCGCUGUUCAACCAAAACCACAUCCUGCGCCAAGAGAAAAUGAUUCGCUCACAGAAACGCAUUCUUCUAACAUAAAUACUUCAGGACGAUCGCAAAACGAACUCCCCGAAGACAUAGUUAAGUUUAAAUUAAGUGCUUUGAUUGGACAGGUAAGCUAG